GUUAUUUUUCGGUGGGCCGUGUAAAUUUAGUGCGUUUUGAAUAACGCGCGGGAAUGGCACUUACCGGACCGAGUUCAUUGUGAAAACGAAAAAGGCCUUGAGCAGAGUUCGAAGUGUAAAAAUUUAAUAAAACUUUAAUAUUUUGAGUUUGGUUAUUCGCUAAAAUGAAGUUUAUUAGCUUUCUGCUUAUUUUAAUGUUCCUUGGCGCUUGUGCUGCCUUUGGUCAAUAUCAUAUGCGGCAUUACAAUAGUCGACAAGUGGAUUCUAGUGAGGAGGAUGAUAAGAGUCCAGUGUUGCGU